AUGACUGGUGUACUUCUAAAAAAUGAAUGGAAUCAUGUGGAGUUGACAUAUUCUAAGGUCAAUCAUGGGCCUGUCAUUCAAACUGGAUUCCAUUUAUUUGAAAGAAGUAGUAGCAUGGAGGAUAUUCAAUUCACUGAUCCACUGAAAGAAGAGCAGAGAGUGGUGGAAAGGGAACAUUCUCAGAGACAAUUUAUGCUGCAGAAACAAAUGUUGGCUUUAGUCGAUCCGUAUAUGGGACAAUGCAAAGUUUUGCUUUCAUUGCUUCCGCCUCCAGAAUUCGACAAUAAAAAGAAUUACUCAAACUCAAUGCCUUCAGAGCAGUUAAGAUGCUCCACUCUUGUCCCACUCCCAGUAUCCCAGGAUUGUCUAGCAAAGGCUCCAGGAGAAUCAUCUCAAGCCCCUUUUGAUGAGACUCAAAGUAUGCAGUCCCCUAGUCCCACAUCAUCAAGUGGAAUCAUGGCUGAUUGGACCUACGAUGUGUUCUUGAGUUUCAGAGGCAAAGAUAUUCGGCAACGGUUCAUUGGCCAUCUCUAUAAAGCUCUUUGCAGGAGGGGAUUCCACACCUUCAUUGAUGACGUGGAGAUCGAGCGAGGAGAGGAUAUCACACGCUCACUUCUCACUGCAGUUGAAAACUCCAUGAUUGCAAUUCCGGUGUUCUCGGAAAACUAUGCAACUUCAAGUUUCUGCUUGGACGAACUGGUUAACACCAUGGAGUGUGCCAAGACGAAGGGGCAGAUUGUUUUGCCGGUGUUCUAUGACGUGGAUCCUUCCGAUGUGCGAAAUCUGAGGGGGAGUUUUGGUGAAGCAAUGGAAAAACAUGAGGAGAGGAUGAAGCUCAAGGAAGAUAAAGAGAGGUUGGAGAAAUGGAAGAUGGCUUUUAUGCAAGCUGCUAAUCUUUCUGGAUUUCAUUUUAAACUUGGGGCCGAAUCUGAAUGCGAGUUUACUGAGAAGAUUGUGAAAACAGUCUCCAAAUGGAUUCAUCACACUUGUUUAUAUGUUUCAGAUCAAGUAGUUGGACUAGAAUCUCAGAUUCCAGAACUGAACUUACUUUUGGAUGUUGAAUCCAGUGACAGAGUUCACAUGGUAGGGAUUCAUGGCAUUGGCGGAAUAGGUAAAACAACUCUUGCUCGCGCCGUCUACAAUUCCAUUGCUGACUCAUUUGAAGGUGUAUGUUUUCUUGGUAAUGUAAGAGAAAAUUCAAUAACACAUGGCUUAGUGUAUCUCCAACAAAUGCUGCUUUCAAAGUUAGUUGGUGAUGAAAGAGAUAUUAAGUUAGGUGAUGUCAGUGAAGGAAAGAAGGUGAUAGAGCGUAGGCUCAAUCGAAAGAAGGUUCUGUUGAUUGUUGAUGAUGUUGAUAGAUUGGAGCAGUUAAAAGCAGUUGCAGGGGACUCUGUUUGGUUUGGUUCUGGUAGUAGAAUCAUUGUAACAACUCGAAACAAAGGCUUGUUAACGAGUCAUGGAAUUGUAAGAACAUAUGAAGUGGAGAAGUUAAAUGAUAAAGAAGCACUUGAUUUACUUAGAUGGAAUGUUUUCAAAACAAGAGAGGUUGAUCCAAGUUACUCCUAUAUUUUGAACAGAACGGUUGCUUUUGCUUCUGGCUUGCCACUUGCAUUGGAAGUAAUAGGGGCUAAUUUGUUUGGUAAGAGUAAAGAUGAGUGGGAAUCUGCUUUGGAUCAGUAUAAAAGAAGUCCUAAGAGGGAGAUUCAAGAGAUUCUUAAAGUGAGUUUUGAUGGAUUGGAGGAGGAAGAGAAGAAGAUCUUUCUUGACUUUGCUUGUUUCUUUAAUGGAUAUAGAUCCAAGUAUGUUGAGGAGAUACUGCGUGCUCAUCACGGCUUUUGCCCCAAGAACAGCAUGCGAGUUUUGAUUGAUAAGUCUUUGGUGAAGAUUGAAGAUGAUAGAGUGAUGUUACAUGAUUUGAUUCAAGAUAUGGGUAGAGAAAUUGUUCGACAAGAAUCGGAAGACCCUCGAGGGCGUAGCAGAAUUUGGAACUUUGAGGAUGCAAAACGUGUUUUGGAACAAGACAAGGGUAGCCAUAAAAUUGAAAUUAUCAAGCUAGCAUUCCCCAAAGCUGAUGAAAAACUUAAUUGGGAUGGUGUAGCAUUCAUAAAGAUGAAUAAUCUCAGAACAACUGAUAUUAAUAAAGGUGACUUUUCAGACAGUCCCAAACAUCUUCCAAAUAGUUUGAAAGUGCUUAAAUGGCGAGGAUAUCCUUCACAAAUUUUCCCAUUUGAUUUUUAUCCAAAGGAAAUAGCCAUAUUGUGGUUACCAGAUAGUUCCAUAUCAUCAUUUAUAUUACUUUUUCUUUGGCAGAAGUUCAUGAAUUUGAGAGUUUUGAAUUUCAGAAAUUGCCAGCACCUAGAACAAAUACCUGAUUUAUCUGUUGCCCCACAUUUGGAAGAAUUGUCUUUCUGUUGGUGUAAGAACUUAACUGAAGUUCAUAAAUCAGUUGGGUUGCUAAAUAAACUUAGAAUGUUGGAUGCAAAGGGUUGUUGCAAGCUUAGGAGUUUUCCAGACCUUAUGUUGCCUGCUCUCGAGCAACUCCGCCUUUCGUCUUGUUCAAGUCUUGAGAGUUUUCCAGAAAUAUUAGGGAAGAUGGAAAGUUUAACAAAACUUGAGUUAGAAUACACUCCAAUAAAAGAAUUCCCACCUUCAAUUCGUUAUAUUACUAGGCUUGAAAGAUUAGAAUUGUGGCACUCUAAGAUUGUUCUGUUGCCAAGUAGCAUUUUUCUGAUGAAAGAGCUUAAGUGCUUGAGAAUUCGAAACUGUGAUGGUUUGCUGUUACAUUCACAAGAGAAAGUUGAGGAGCAAAUAAGCUCGGUUGUGUUUUCCAAUCAGCAACACUUUGAUUUCAGAAACUGCAAUGUAUCAAAUGAGUUUCUUCAAAGGAGUGUUCCUUGGUUUGUCAAUGUGAAAGAGCUGAAUCUAUCAUCCAACAGUUUCACAAUUCUUCCUGCAUGCAUUGAAGGAUGUACCUUCUUGAAGGUACUUAUUUUGGAUUAUUGUGGGAAUCUUCGAGAAGUCGGAGGGAUUCCACCAAACAUUGAAAAAUUCUCUGCAAGAAGAUGCAUAUCCUUAAAAAGUUUGGACCUCACUCUCCUAUCAUGCACCAAAGAUUGUUACUUUCUGAAGGAACUCAUUUUGGACGGUUGUGAGAAUCUUGAGGAAAUAAGGGGCAUUCCACCUAGCAUAGAAGUUUUGCAUGCACCAAGCUCUACAUUGUUGACUUCCUCUUCUAGGAGCAUGUUUUCUAACCAGGAUUUACAUGAGGAUGUAAAUGACAAGGAAUCAUGGUUGCCAAUGCCAGGAACAAAAGUUCAGGAGUGGUUCAACUAUUCUCGCCACGGCUCAUCAAUUUCUUUCUGGUUUAGAAACAAGUUUCCAGCCAUAUCACUCUUUGUGAUUAAUGAACUGAAAAAGACUUCAUUUGAACCCAAGUUGACCAUCAAUGGUCAUGAAAUGCAUCUUUUUUCCUUAUUCUCUCUACAAAAAGAUCACAUACUGAUUCUAACUCUGGGUCCAAAACAAACUGAAUUCAAAGAUGAGGUAAACAAUGUGAUUUCUAAAGAUGAAUGGAAUCAUGUGGAGUUGUCUUCUGAUCAUGCAGUGCAUGGAGUAGGUGGUGGAACUAUAUAUGAGAGCAUGAUGCAAAUUGGACUCCAUGUAUUCAAGCAAUUUAGUAACAUGGAAGAUAUAAGAUUCACUGAUCCGUUCUUGUUGGAAGAAGUUCAUAGCUUGGAGGGUAUUGGAUAUUCUCCUACACAAUUUGUGCAAAGGCAUCAAAAUUUGACUUCAUUGGAAACAAAUGUGGAGCAAGAAAUAGUAUCUCAUUCAUUGCUUCCAUCUCCAUCAUUCAGUGACAACUUGAAUUGGGAGUCAAACACAAUUGUUGCAGAGCACAAAACUAACACAACUAGUGUCCAAGCAUAUGAGGAUAAUCUAGCAAAUUCUGUAGGAGAGUCAUAUCAAACACCAUCCAUAGCUAACACAGAAAACGUUCAUGACCCAAUUCCCACCACUCCAUCAAGUAGUGAUAAAGAUAGUGGACAGAAAAUGUGCACAGAAACUUGUAGCACCACUUUGCUAAUAAAAUUUGAUGAGCCUUUGAUAAAUCAAGCUCCUCUAACUCAAGAUGAUAAUGAUGUGGAGAUGGAAGCAUUUUAUGCUACUCUUGAUGCUGAGACACAUGAUGUUCUUUCCCCGAAUUCGAAUGAUGAUCCAGCAACCACCACUGCUCCAAGUAAAGAAGCCAAGGAAGCAUUGAAAACAGUACAAGACUUCAUCACAAAGAAUGAUGCUUCAGUGUUGUUGGAUGAAGAAAACUACAAUGUCAUGAAGAACAGUUUGCAUUACCUAUCCAAUUUGUCUUCAAAAGAUGGCAUAUCAGGAGAAGUUGAAACAUUGGUAUCAGAAGCUUCAUGGUUGUUCAAUUGUUGCAGUGUGGAAUACAUUGAAUCAUGUAGGAAUAUUGAGUCCACAGCAUCAGAGCUACAAAGGUUUGGUGAAUUAGAAGCAGGAUUGGAAGGAAACAAGAACAAGCACAGGGAGUUGAGGCAAAAGUUAGAUUGGAUGGAGAAAAGAAAGAAGGAGCUGGAAGAGGAAAUGAAUGCCAUCAAAGCUAAGUUAUGUGAUUGUGAAUCAGAAAAGAAGAUUGUUGUUCAGAAAAAGAAAGAUGUAUUUGAAGAAGCAAAGACACUCAAAGCUCAAAGAGAUGAGUGGAGGAAAAAAGUGCCACAAUUGCGGCAUCAACAGAGUAUAGCAAAGAGUAAUCAUGCAAAAUUCACAGGUGAAUGGUCAAAACUAGGAGAAAAAUUUAACACCAUUGUUCUAGACUGA